AAGAAAAAGGGUUAGCCAUGGAAGGUUUAAUUCCUUAUCUGAUCCAUGCCAUGCGGAAGCAAAAACCCACCCACCGUUACCGGUCGAUGUCCGUUGGGUCUAGCCGCGGCUACCGCUUGUUAAUCGGACAGUCACCGAAGGAGUCAGUCGAGGGGUCGAUGCAUAGGCGGACGAGGUCGGAGUUUCAGCCGCCGCAGACGGUGGAGUUUUACGAGCAAAGGUCGGGUCUUGGUUUGCGUUGUCCAAAGGACCACAACAAUGGCUCUUCUUCUUCUUUAAACUACCCUUCAAUGGCUGGUGGCUCGAAGUCGAAGGUGAAAAACGUUCAGGUUUCGGAUAUUCGACGACGACGAUAAUCGACUUUGUAAAAGAAAAGGAAGCAGAACCGUUCGGUUUUGAAGAUUUGUCUCUUUAUUUUUUUUGAUUAUCAACAAAUGAUGAUUGUUUUUUUGUA